AUGUCGCUGGCCAUGGAGGAGGAGGAGUACGCCAAGCUGGUGAUGGAGUCCGAGCCCGAGUGGCUGCGCGGCGAGAUCAAGCGGCUCUUCCAGGAGCUGGGCGAGACCACCCGCGAGAAGAUCCAGGCGGCGGAGUACGGGCUGGCCGUGCUGGAGGAGAAGCAGCAGCUGAAGCAGCAGUACGAGGAGCUGGAGCUGGAGUACGAGACCAUCCGCACCGAGAUGGAGCAGCUCAAGGAGGCUUUUGGGCAGGCCCAUACCAACCACAAGAAGGUAGCAGCAGAUGGAGAGAGCAGAGAGGAGACCUUGAUUCAGGAAUCGGCUACUAAGGAAGAGUACUACAUGAAGAAAGUUAUGGAGCUGCAGACAGAACUGAAGCAGCUGAGAAACGUCCUUGCCAACACCCAGUCUGAAAACGAGCGCCUUAAUUCUGUUGCCCAGGAGCUGAAAGAGGUCAAUCAGAAUGUGGAAAUUCAAAGGUCCCGUCUGCGAGAUGAUAUUAAGGAGUAUAAAUUCAGAGAGGCACGUUUGCUGCAAGACUACACGGAGCUCGAAGAGGAAAACAUCUGUCUCCAGAAGCAAGUGUCUGUCCUGAAGCAAAAUCAGGUGGAGUUUGAAGGUCUGAAACAUGAAAUCAAAAGGCUCGAGGAGGAGACAGAGUUCCUCAACAGCCAGCUGGAAGAUGCCAUACGGCUGAAGGAGAUCUCUGAACGGCAGCUCGAGGAGGCCCUGGAGACGCUGAAGACGGAGCGCGAGCAGAAGAACAACCUUCGCAAGGAGCUCUCCCAUUACAUGAACAUCAAUGACUCCAUGUACAACAGCCACCUGAACAUCUCUUUGGAUGGACUGAAAUUCAGCGAUGAAGUCACAGAGCCCAAUAAUGAUGAAAUUAUGAAUGGAUUCGAACAGAACUGCCUCAGCAAACUUAGCAACGGCAAGAAUAAUACAUCCACCCCCAAGAAAAAUGAAAGCUUCCCUCCAGCUCCAAGUCUGGUUUCAGAUCUUCUGAGCGAAUUAAAUAUUUCUGAAAUCCAGAAACUGAAACAACAGCUUGUACAGAUGGAAAGAGAAAAGAUGAACUUGUUAACUACACUCCAGGAGUCUCAGAAGCAGCUGGAGAAUACGCGCGGAGCCCUCUCAGAGCAGCAUGAGAAAGUUGGCAGGCUCACAGAAAACCUGAAUGCCAUGAAGAAGCUCCAGGUCAGCAAGGAACGCCARUCUGCCCUUGACAACGAGAAGGAUCGAGACAGCCAUGAAGAUGGAGACUACUAUGAAGUUGACAUCAAUGGGCCGGAGAUCUUAGAGUGCAAAUACAAAGUGGCUGUGGCAGAGAUUACUGACCUGAAGGAAGAACUUAAAAGCCUUAAGGCCAAAUACAAGGAGUGUGAGUCUAAGUAUGAGGAGGAGAAGAGCAGAUAUGAGACUGACAGCCAAGCUCUCACUGAGAAGAUCACCUCCUUAGAAAAAUCCAGUAGGCAUGACAGAGAACAGGUGGCCAGGCUGGAGAAGGAGCUGAAGAAAGUCAGUGAUGUUGCUGGAGAAACACAGGGCAGCCUCAGUGUGGCCCAAGAUGAGCUGGUCACCUUCAGUGAAGAACUGGCCAAUCUGUAUCACCACGUCUGCAUGUGCAACAAUGAAACUCCRAACAGAGUGAUGCUGGAUUACUACAAGGAAGGUAAAGGAGGACGCAGCAGCCCAGAAGCUAAGGGAAGAAAAUCUCCUAUUCUUCUUUCUAAGGGGCUGUUAUCUAUAGAGCUAGGAAAGCCAGAGAGUGGAAGCGGCGACACCAGCCCGUCUCCAGUGUCAUCUCUGCCAUCUCCUGUGUCAGAUCCUCGGAAGGAGCCAAUGAACAUUUAUAACUUGAUUGCUAUAAUACGCGACCAGAUCAAACACCUACAGGCUGCUGUGGACAGAACAACCGAGCUGUCCAGACAGCGCGUUGCCACCCAAGAACUUGGACCAGUAGUAGACAAGGACAAGGAAGCUCUCAUGGAAGAAAUUCUGAAGCUGAAGUCCCUGCUAAGCACCAAGAGAGAACAGAUAGCGACUCUAAGGACUGUGCUAAAGGCCAACAAACAGACUGCAGAGGUCGCCCUUGCCAACCUGAAAAGCAAGUAUGAGAACGAGAAGGCCAUGGUGACGGAGACGAUGAUGAAGCUGCGCAACGAGCUGAAGGCUCUCAAGGAAGACGCUGCGACCUUCUCUUCCCUGAGAGCAAUGUUUGCUACAAGGUGUGACGAGUACGUCACGCAGCUGGAUGAAAUGCAGCGGCAGCUGGCGGCGGCCGAGGACGAGAAGAAGACGCUGAACUCGCUGCUGCGCAUGGCCAUCCAGCAGAAACUGGCCCUCACCCAGCGCCUGGAGCACCUGGAGCUGGACCACGAGCAGUCCAAACGGGUGCGCACAAAAUCUGCCUCCAAAGCCAAGAGCAGUAACCCUAGUGUAAGUCAUAUUCGGUCCUGUGGAGACAGGUCUGAAGGUGCUGUCCUUAAUAACCAGGUGUUUUGUAGCGAGAAAUAUAAAAUUUACUGUGACUAGGAGAGGUGUGUAGAAGAAACGUAUUAUGCAUCUUAUUUUAUGCUGUAACGGUCAGCGCAGAUCCCCACUAUCUAACGUCGCGGUGAGUUGACUUGUAUUAGUAUGUUGUUAAACCAGGUAAUACGAAUUGUAUUAUGGUGGUCUUAACU